AAAAAAUAAUAUGAAAAAGAAAGUGUAGUAGAUGAGAGAGAAAAGUAAAAACUAAAAACCAGACCAAAGUUUAGCGAGCCAAGGGGAAUACACUUUUCUUAGUUUCUUGUUCUGGAUCGGUGGUUGACUCUAGUUUUAACGGUUUCAGAUUUUCAGAUUUCUGUUUUUCCAGAUUAAUUGUAUGGGGUUCAAGUUAGAUCUGAGCUACAAGUAGACGACGUUUUCUUUGAGCUAAUCAUGAAGAAAUAGACUUGUAGUUUUCAUUUUGAUUUGAUUUGUUAUCUGUUUCAAAGGAGAUGUGGCUGCCGUGAUCAAUUCUGUAAAGGACAUAGGUAAGUAGUUGGGAUUGAAGAUUUUAAAAAGAAAUGGAAGAAGUAGGUGCUCAAAUGGCUCCUUCUAUAUUUAUGCAUCAUCAAGCACUUUCCAGUAGAUUCUGUGAGGCGACUUCUAUGGCGAAAAAGCGCCAUCUUCCGUAUCCAGCUCCUAAUUUUCAUCACCAAUACCAAUCACAGCAACAGAGAAUAGAUAACUGGAACCCUAAGCUAUGGGAUUGGGAUAGCGUCAGAUUUGUUGCCAACCCACUAGACGACUCUGAGGCUCUUCGUUUGGGAGCUUCAGUUGCUUCAGCGUCAGCAUCAGAGGUGAACAAGGUGACGACGGAGAAGAAGACUAGUGUUAGUGUUGUGAACGAAGACGAUGGACGGCUUGAUUUGAACCUUGCUGGGUGUUUGAAUAGUGUGGAGGAGCAUGUUUCCAGACCCAACAAAAGGGUCCGGUCUAGAUCUCCGGGAAGCGCCUCUUACCCUAUGUGUCAGGUAGAUAACUGUAAAGAAGAUCUCUCAAAUGCAAAAGACUAUCACCGCCGACAUAAAGUUUGUGAGCUUCAUAGUAAAUCUACUAAAGCUCUUGUUGGGAAGCAGAUGCAGAGGUUCUGCCAGCAGUGCAGCAGGUUUCACCCUCUUUCAGAGUUUGAUGAGGGAAAGAGAAGUUGUAGGCGCAGACUUGCUGGGCAUAACAGGCGAAGAAGAAAAACCCAGCCAGAUGAUGUUACCUCCCGACUGUUAAUCCCUCCCAACCAGUGUAAUGUUAACACCACCGGUGGGAAUUUGGAUAUAGUCAACCUGCUGGCCACGAUAGCUCGUGCACAAGGAAAAACUGAAGACAAAAGCAUCAACUGCUCAUCAGUACCAGAUAGAGACCAACUAAUUAUGAUUCUUAGUAAAAUAAAUUCGCUACCUUUGCCACCAGACCUAGCUGCAAAGUUGCCAAGUAUUGGAAAUUUGAAUAGGAAAAAUCCGGAGCAACCUUCUUCAGACUUCCAGAACAGAUUGAACGGGAACUCUUCUUCUCCAUCAACCAUGGACUUGCUAGCUGUCCUGUCAGCCACCCUAGCUACUUCUGCUCCAGAUGCUCUCACAAUUCUCUCCCAAAGACGUAGCCAUGGCAGUGAUAGUGAGAAAACAAAGUCGACCUGUCUUGACCAAGCAACUCCCAACUUUCAUAAGAGAACUACCUUAGAAUUUCCAUCUGUUCGAGGAGAAAGAAGUAGCACUAGUUACCAGUCCCCUAUCGAAGAUUUAGAUUGCCAAAUUCAAGAAACUCAUGCUAAUUUACCGUUGCAACUGUUUAGUUCUUCGCCUGAGGAUGACAGCCCACCGAAACUGUCAUCUUCAAUGAAGUAUUUCUCUUCUGACAGCAGUAACCCCACCGAGGAGAGAUCUCUGUCUUCAUCUCCUGUUGUGCAAAAGUUGUUCCCCUUGCAGAGCACAACAGAAACUGUGAAGUCUGAGAAGAAAUCUGUUAGCAGGGAGGCCAAUGCAAAUGUUGAAGUUAGCCGGACUUGUGGUUCUGUUAUGCCUCUCGAGCUCUUUAGAGGUUCAAAUAGAGGAACUGAUCAUAGUUCGUUUCAAAGUUUCCCAUACCAAACUGGGUAUACUUCUUCUUCUGGGUCUGAUCAUUCACCUUCUAGCUUGAAUUCUGAUGCCCAGGAUCGCACUGGCCGAAUAAUUUUUAAAUUAUUUGACAAGGAUCCUAGUCAUUUUCCUGGGGCGUUGCGGACACAGAUCUACAGUUGGCUUUCUAAUAGUCCAUCAGAAAUGGAAAGCUACAUACGACCUGGUUGCGUGGUAUUAUCAAUUUAUGUGUCAAUGUCAUCAGCUGCUUGGGAGCAAUUCGAAGGAAACCUGCUUCAGCAUGUCAAUGCUUUGGUACAAGAUUCAGAUUUUUGGAGAAAUUCAAGGUUUUUGGUUCAUACAGGCAGGCAAUUAGCGUCACAUAAGGAGGGGAAGAUCCGUUUAUGCAAGUCCUGGAAAACAUGGAGUUCUCCUGAGUUGAUCUCAGUGUCUCCUUUGGCAGUUGUGGGUGGGCAAGAAAACUCUCUUAUUUUGAGGGGCAGAAAUCUGACUAGCCCUGGAACCAAGAUCCAUUGCACGUAUAUGGGUGGAUACACAUCACAGGAAGUAACAGGGUCAACAUAUCAGGGAAUCAUGUAUGAUGAGAUAAACUUGGGUGGCCUUAAAUUUCAGGAUGCAUCUCCUAGUGUUAUUGGACGAUUUUUUGUUGAGGUGGAAAAUGGUUUCAAGGGCAAUAGUUUUCCUGUUAUAAUAGCAGAUGCUACAAUUUGUAAAGAAUUGAGACUUCUUGAAUCCGAAUUUGAGACAGAGGCUAAAGUAUGUGAUAUCAUUUCUGAAGAUCAAGCUCAUGAUUAUGGCAGGCCCAGAUCAAGGGAAGAAACUUUGCACUUCUUGAAUGAACUUGGAUGGCUGUUCCAAAGGAAAAGGACUUCUGUGCAUGAGGGCCCUGAUUAUUCCUUCUCUCGCUUUAAAUUUUUACUCAUAUUCUCGGUCGAACGUGACUGCUGUGCUUUAGUAAAAGCAGUCCUGGACAUGAUGGAGAGAAACUUGGAUAUGGAUGAUCUAUCUAAGGAAUCUUUGGAUAUGCUAACUGAGAUUCAGCUCUUGAACCGGGCAGUGAAAAGGAGGUGCAGACGCAUGGCUGACUUACUGAUUCGUUACUCUAUAAAUGGCAAUAACGAUACCAGGAAGUAUAUUUUCCCACCAAACCUUGCAGGACCAGGUGCUAUUACACCUCUGCAUUUGGCUGCAUGUACAUCGGAUUCAGAUGAUACGAUAGAUGCUUUGACAAAUGAUCCACAGGAGAUUGGGUUGUCCUGCUGGAAUACUCUUCUUGAUGCGAAUGGGCAGUCUCCAUAUUCUUAUGCCAUUAUGAGGAAUAACCACUCUUACAACAAGCUUGUGGAGCGUAAACUUUCCGACAGAAGAAAUGGCCAGGUUUCUGUGUCGAUUGGUAUGGAGAUAGAGCAAUCUGGUUUGACAGUGGACCAGGUGCAUAGGAUAAGUUCCCAAUUAAGAAAAGGGCAAAAAUCUUGUGCCAAGUGUGCAAUUGUUGCAACAAAAGUCAACAGAAGGGUUCCAGGUAGACAGGGCUUGCUUCACGGUCCUUACAUUCAUUCAAUGCUUGCCAUUGCUGCUGUCUGUGUUUGUGUCUGCCUUUUCUUGCGAGGCUCUCCAGACAUUGGUCUAGUUGCUCCAUUUAAGUGGGAGAACUUGGAUUUUGGUCCACAGUAGUGAUAAAUGGGAGACACAUGGAAAAAUAAGAGGAAAGAAAGUAGGGGCAUGCAGGCACCAUGAGCCAGAUAUUACUUGCGUCUUAUGGUGCAGUUAGGCGAGGGGAGAUAUACCCAGUAAAAGUAAUGUAGGGCUUGUUUGGAGAAGACGUUGAAUGGCAGAAAACUGCAUAUUACUUAACAAACCUGAGAUUUGGAAUGUUUUAGUUUUCGCCCUUUUUUUUUUUUCUGGCUCAUUUGUGUUUUUGGAUAUGAAGAAGUUUUCUCAGAUUGCAGAAAGCUACAGCUCCUUAGACCUACAGAAAUACAUAACUUGGAGGGUGGAAUUUUUGCAAUGAAAACAAAGCAAAGAUUUGAGGGAAAGGAUGAUUGAGUGAUGAGGCGAAGAAGAAGCGCAAGCAAGCAAAGCGAAAUUAUACUGGUCUGAGAACUUCAUUUAAGUUAAAUUAAUUUAUAUAGUUGUACUUCCACUUUGAUUUCUUUUUCUAAUUCUUGAAAAGCUACCGACUUGCAAGUAUAACUGACUUAUGUAUUGGUUUUGUCACUGUUGUAAAGUUGAUUGGUAGGAUGGAUCACUCACCGGACAAACUAUACCUGUAUGAUUUAAUAGUGAAAUAUUUGUUGACAUAUAUAUUUCAAAUAAGAGGCACUCCAUCUUUUGUGUAAA